ACGCGUCGUCACCAAAUGGUCACGUGGUGUCUUGGUUGAAAGGAAGCCUUUGGAAAUGUAUAGCCGACCAUGAGUUAUUGUUAUUCAUGCUGAUUUCCGUUAAUUAACGGGACAAGCCGAAAGAAAAAGAAGAAGAUGGGAGUAUCGUGGGAUCCAAAAGACACGUAGCUCAUGGAACUCUUAAAUUGAAACCAUACUAGCUGACCAUGUUCGCACUUACUAUAGUAAUGAAUCUACACCUGUAUGCUGAAACAUCACAUGGUAGAGGUCACUCACCUCCAAAAUACUGGGGUCAAAUGAUGAUUCUGAUGGUCGCAGCAUCCUAUUUUUCUGCUCUGGUGCUGCCUUUGGUGCUCCGAGAGCUGCAGGCGGGCAGGGAAAAGGGGGACCCACCUGGGGCUUGGCCACUGGCGAAGAUAAAAAUGAUGACCAAGCCACUUGGAAAGAACAGCGAUAUGAGCGAACUGGUGGGUUCCCUCGCCUGGCUGGAUGAAGACGGCAGCUCUCGGGAUGGCGAGGAAAGCUCUGAGAUGAUGGGACACUGUGGCCUGAUUGAAGGAGCAAGACACUCUUGCUCAGAGCUGGGCAGUGAAGACAUGGAAGAGGAAGAGGAGGAGGAUGAGGUGGUGACUGGACCAAAUGGAGAAAUUGCUCCCAAAAGGAGAGGCCCCAAGAAGAAGAAGAUGACCAAAGCUCGCCAAGAGAGGUUCCGUGCCCGUCGCAUGAAGGCCAACGCCAGGGAACGAUCACGCAUGCACGGACUGAACGAUGCGUUGGACAAUUUACGCAGAGUGAUGCCGUGCUACUCCAAAACGCAGAAGCUCUCCAAGAUUGAAACGUUACGGCUGGCCCGCAACUACAUCUGGGCACUGUCUGAGGUGCUGGAGAAUGGCCAGUCCCCAGAGAGCCACGGCUUCAUGGAGAUGCUGUGUAAAGGUCUGUCCCAGCCCACUAGUAACCUCGUGGCCGGCUGCCUGCAGCUGGGACCCACGCCGUUGCUCAUCAACAAGCUGGAGGACAAGUGUGGAGGCGCUGGAUUGGCUGCUGUGGGGGGUCAGGCCAGCCAUCCCCUCAGUUACCUCCCCGGUCUCCCCAGUCCCCCUUAUGGCUCCCUGGAGGCAUCCCACCUCCUCCACAUGAAGGGAUUCAAGGGGCAGGCGUUUGAGAACCCCUCCCCUAACGAGUGCAGCGGCGGUACCCCGCCGUACGACGGGCCCCUCACGCCUCCCCUCAGCAUCAGUGGCAACUUUGCCCUGAAGCAGGAACCUUCGCCUCAAGAAUCCGAGAGGAACUACCAAACCCACUCUGCCCAUCAUGCCCAUUACCUCUCAUCCCACCAUUACACCAAUUCCACAGCUGCUGGCCUUCCUGGGGUGCACCAAGGCCACCCACUCUUUCAGGCGUCCCGUUAUGAGCUGCCUCUGGAUGUGGCCUUUGACUCCUUCACGUCCUCUCAUGUACUGGCCUCUCAGAUGGGUACCAUGUGAAAAGAGCCAAACAGACUGUUGUAAAAGCCGUGCACAUCCAUGGCCUUCAAUGGCUGUGUAGAGAGUGCAGCGGUUUGCAUUUUGGUGUUCUGAUAAUAUGCGUAAGCGGCCACUUUUCAGACAGAGACUUGUCAGCGCAAGUUGAUCUACCUGAUACCUGUAAUCUUUUAUUUAUACUGUUUUAUGAUUUGCUGUUGAUUUUGGGACAAUCAGGCUACAGUCAAGUGUCAAGGAAUCGAACGUGCAUCAAAGUGCAAGGUUCGCACAAAAGAAAACUUUCCCUCCGUUCUAAACUGUGCAUGGAGACCUGCUGGCAUUAACUGUCUCAGCAUAAAAAAAGCAAUGCAUUUAUUUAUAUUUGUAUUUAAUAUUUAUUUUGCUUCUGUUUAAAAAAAGAUACUGUAUUCUCACAGCAC